AUGUCACCGGAACUCUCGCCCCCCGGCAUUGGCGGCCUUAAUCAUGAUUCCAUUGUCACCGUUGUCCUCGCCUGCUUCGCAAGCCUCAUCUACUACAACGCCAUAGAGUUGAUAGUCCUCUGCCUAGCAACUUUCAAACGGCGUGGCAGUUUCUACUUCUGGUGUCUUGUUAUCGCGUCGACCAGCCUGAUACCGAAUACCAGCGGAUACAUCCUGCUAUUCUUUCGCCCUGAUAUCUCGCGCUUCGCUGCCAUAACCUUCGUCGUUCUCGGUUGGUACGGGACCGUCACCGGCCACUCGCUCGUUCUCUGGUCGCGGUUGAACUUUGUUGUCCAUAACACGCGGCUGCUGAACGGCCUCCUAGUCCUUAUAAUUGUCGAUGCGAUCAUCCUGCACGUCCCCACCACCGUCCUGCUUUACGGUACCGUUUCCCCCAAUGAAAGCAUAGCACAUACCUUCAGUGUAGGGUAUGGCAUUGCGGAACGGAUCCAACUGGUCGGAUUCUGUAUUCAAGAGGCAAUCCUCUCAGGAAUAUAUGUCUGGGAGACUGCCAAGCUGCUGCGAUUGCGUCCAGAGCGUCGCCAUCACCGGAUCCUCGCACAAUUGCUCGCGAUGAACGUCGUCGUACUUAUCAUCGAUUUCGUUGUCGUCAUCGUUGAAUAUGCUGGCUUCUAUGCUGUACAAGUGAUGUUUAAGCCCGUCGCCUAUAGCAUCAAGCUGAAGCUGGAAUACGCGGUCUUGGGACGGUUGGUCCAGAUUGCCCAAGGUGGAUCUUCAGCAGCAUCGGGCCCCUUUGAGACGAUACCCUCGUCUUCAGCUUGUGACAACCAGCUCCAUGGAAUCUGCCUGCUUAGGAACGAGAUCCACGGACUAGAGACGCAUGUUUUGAAGAGGCCUGCGCCGGUUGAUGCAGGAUGA